AUGCCCAUCAUCAGCAACGCCAACCAUGACUUCAGCAAUCUGUCCGUCAGCGAUGACAGUAGUCUCGACCGCAUCUUCACAGAGAUCCCUGAGACGGCGACCAUCAAGGGUGUGUACUUUAAGAGGGCUCAGUUCAUCCGUCGGCCAGAGGACCUGGUAUCCAUCGACCACGCCCUGCUGGCGGUGAUCAACGUUGGGGGAAACCGCUACACCUUCCCCUGGAGCACCCUGGAGCAGUUCCCCCUUACACGACUUGGCCGCCUCUGUGGCUGCCGAUCACCUGAGGACAUCGCCAGGGUCUGCGACGACUAUGACGAAGCCCACAAGGAGUUCUUCUUCGACCGCUCGCCAUCUGCCUUCAGGGUCAUACUUAACUUCCUGGCUGCAGGGAAACUGCGCCUGCUGCGGGAGAUGUGCGUCCUCUCCCUGCACGAUGAGCUGACCUACUGGGGGGUGGAGAUAACGUACAUGGAGCGUUGCUGUAAGAGGAAGAUGUACACACGCAUCGAGGAGUUGAAUGAGCUGGAGCGCUACGAGGAGGAGUGCAGGCAGAGAAACGCCAUGCAGCGUGUGCCGGUGGAGGAGACAAGGUACAAACAGGUGAUGAACUGGCUGAGAGACAUGGUGGAGAAUCCGCAGUCUGGCUUACCGGGGAAGAUCUUUGCCUGCCUGUCUGUGAUCAUGGUUGCGGUGACUGUCAUCAGCUUGUGUAUCAGCACCAUGCCCGACCUCAGAGAGGAAGAGGACAGGGGUGAGUGUUCAUCUAAGUGCUACAACAUGUUCAUCAUAGAGACAGUGUGUGUGGCCUGGUUCUCCCUGGAGUUCCUCCUGCGGUUCAUUCAGGCCCGCAGCAAGCUGGAAUUCCUCCGCGGGCCGCUCAACAUCAUCGACGCCAUGGCCAUCCUUCCCUACUACGUCUCCCUGGUGGUGUCAGAGGACGACCCCUCCCUGGAUCACGAGAAGUCAGGAGGAGGUAAGGGCUACUUGGACAAGCUGAGCCUGGUGUUGAGGAUUCUGCGGGCACUGAGGAUUCUCUAUGUGAUGCGGCUGGCUCGCCACUCUCUUGGCCUGCAGACGCUGGGGCUGACGGUCAGGCGCAGCACCCGGGAGUUUGGCCUCCUCUUGCUUUUUCUCUGCGUGGCCGUCACCCUCUUCUCUCCGCUGGUCCACUUGGCUGAGAGUGAGCUCACGGGCACCCAUGACUUCAGCAGCAUCCCGGCCUCCUACUGGUGGGCCAUUAUCUCCAUGACGACGGUGGGCUACGGCGACAUGGUGCCCAGGUCCAUUCCAGGACAGGUCGUAGCGCUGAGCAGCAUCCUCAGCGGAAUCCUCAUCAUGGCCUUCCCUGCGACCUCCAUCUUCCACAUGUUCUCCCGCUCCUACCAGGAGCUCAAGAUGGAGCACGACCGGUUGUUCAAAGAGGAGUGCGCGGCGGCGGCUGCGGCUGUUGCUGCUGCCUCUGAGGAGCUGCAUGAGGCGGGAGGUGGAGGAGGGGAGCAGUACUCAGCUGGGCCGGGAUUACAUCUCGACAAGGGUAGUGUGCACUCACUGGAGUCUCUUGCUCUGUUAGGGAAAGGUGGCGACGCUGCAGGAAAUAACCACAGCUUGCCACCGGCAGCUUUCUGA